AUGGAUACUAUUAUGAAAGUUGUAAGCUUAAAGGAGCAGCUAAUUGAAUAAAGCAGUAAAAUUAAUGAUGCUUAGACAAGAUCAUCUAAAAGUUUUAGGAUUAGUUCUCCCUUAAUGCAAUAAGUUAAACUUUUUUAAACUAAGAGCUAGUAGAAUUAGAAAAGAAAAGAUAGCUAUUCAACUCAAUCUAACUCUCCUAUAGCUAAGUAUAAUAAUUUUAAUUAAUUUGCAAAUACUAGCCAAAUUAAUUAGGUAGAUAGAGAAAUUCUUGAUAUUACUAGAUAAAGCUUACUUUCAUCCCAAACAUUUAGAAACAGUGAUCAAUUAUCUCCAAGAACCCUUGAGGCUGCUAAGAAAUAUUUUUAAAAUGGUAUUGAGUUUGCUGAAGAUAAGGAUUCUGUAUAAGAAGAUUCGUAUUCUGAUUCAAGCAGCAGUGAAGACGAAAAUAGAGAUAAUUAAAAUGAUAACAAUGAUUUGUUGUUAGAAGAAGAGUUAUCUGAGUGGAAAACCUUAAAAAUAGAAGAUGUCUUCAGUUUAUUUGAAGCGAAAUGUGCUGAUAAUAAGUUGAAAAUUCUACCUUAAUAACUAUUCAAAUUUGUAGAUAAGCUCAAAAGCUAAAUAAAGAAAGGCAGCUUAAAUUUAUAAGAACUUUAGUUAGGUGUUUAGUCAUCUAAAAAAGUCAUUUAACUAUUAAAAAACAAUUCAAAGUCAAAAUACCAAUUCAGCAAACUCCUGUUAGCAAAAAAUAAUUUCGGUGAUUAAGGCAUUUAGCUGUUAUGUAAUUUUUUAAAUAAGUAGCGCAGAUCAAACAUUGUUCACCUUGAUAUAUCUAAUAAUAAUAUCACUUCUGAGGGUAUUAAAUAAGUAGUAAAAAUGGUUAGUUUAAAUCAAAAUAUUAUAUCUCUCGAUAUAUCUAGCUAUGAUGGCUAUAAUAGAAAUAGGCUCUCUCGCUCAGCUUGCAUUGCUUUGAGCUAAUAUAUUGCCUAGACUGAAGUAUUAUAAUUCCUUAAAAUGUAAAACUGCUGCAUAGGACCAUAGGGUUUAUUUUCGUUAAGCAAAGGCUUUGCAGCCAAUAGAUCUAUUAUAAGCUUAGAUAUUUCUAAAAAUGAUAUAGGUAAGGACUGUAGCUAGUGUUUUGAAUCUAUACUCUCUCACUCUAAAAUAAUGGAAUUAAAUUUGAGAGGAAACUUUUUAGGAGAUUAAUCGAUCACAAAAAUAGGAGAGCUGCUUAAGCCUGGAUUAAAAAUGUGUGUCUUAAAUAUUUUAGAUAUUUCUAACAAUAAGCUAACAUCUGAUGGCAUAAAUAAUUUCUUUGAAAGCAUAUAAAAAAAUCAGUAUUUAGAAAGAUUAAUUUUAGAUUAAAAUAAUCUAAGAGGAGGACUACCUGAAAUUAUACAAUUUUUGUAAGAGAAUUCAAAUAUAACUUAUCUUUCUAUGAUUGAUUGCUGCAUCUACCCAGAAGUAGUAGAAUCUAUAGCAACUGGAUUGUCUAGAAAUAACAGUCUUAAAUCUCUAAUCCUUAGUAAAAAUUUCAUAAAAGAUUAAGGAGCAGAAAUGAUCGCCCAGAGUAUGAAAUACGACCCAAAUUUAAUUACAAACAGAAGAUUAAAAAUGUUAGAUUUAUCAAAGUGUGCCAUUGAAGAUUACGGAGGUCAAGUUUUGUCUGACGCUUUUAAAUCACAUUAAGGGAUAAUUGAAAUUAGCUUAUGCCAUAACUUAUUAGGAGAUGCAUCUGGAUUUUCUCUGAUUGAUUUAGCUAGAAAUAAUUAGAAAAUAAUUAAAUUAGAUUUAGAUAUGAAUUUAAUUAGAUUAGAUUAUAUGUAAGAAAUUUAAAGAUUAAUUGACAUGAAUGUUGAUAAUCACAAAUCAAUGAGAGAGCCUUAUUUGAAAGAGAAGCUAAUUGAAUUAAAAUCUAUUGAAUAAAGACCAGAAGAUUUUUAAAAGAAGGAAGAAGAAUUUCAAAAAAAAAAUAAUUUGCAUAGCUAAGAAAUAAAUAAAUAUAAAGAUUUGCAUCAAUAAGAAGAGUAAGAGUGCAAAUAAAUGUACGAUAAAUUAAUGGAUGAAUUUGUUGAUAUAAAAAAAAUUAAUUAAUCAAUAAUUAUCAGUAAAGAUUAUGAAAUUUAACAUAAUAAAAUUCUUGCUGAUUAUGAAAAUCAAAUAUCUGAACUUAGAAUAGAAAAUGAAAAGCUAUAAAAUGAGCUCUAAGCCUAUAAUGCUCAAUUUUAGAGUAAAUACUAAGUAUAUAGUAAAAGAAAAAGCUAGCUUGAAGAGUAAAAAAAGAAAUUGUAUGAUAAAAAGCUAUAAAUGAUAAUGUAAGUAGAAGAUGCUUCUAAGAUAAACAAAGAUUUAGAAAAUAAAGUAAAAUAAAUUUAAGAUAGAAUUAAAUUACUUCAAUAAAAGACUAAAAAUAAACCUAAUAGAAAAUAAUCUGCUAAUAUUAAAUAAGCUAAGUGA